CUUGAAUUUACAAUGCUUCAACCUUGAACUUUGCUGAAAAUUUAAGCGAAAGAUUUUAUUACCUGUAACCAACGACAAAUAAACAACAGCUUUUGUCUAAUAGUAGACCUACUAUAGGCUAAUUAUUAAAGAAUGGAUGGUAUUGAAGAGAUAGAAGGCUGGUUACUGGAUUAUGCAUGUUAUCAUAGAGAGUUUGAAGUGUUAAAAGCAAUUUCAAAGAGGCAUCCAGGAUGUGUGGACUUUCAUGAGAAUUUAGGCUUACCUACAAUAAGAUAUGCUUCUAUCAUCAUACAUCAUAUUGUAGAUAAGAGUAUGUUUGGAUCCUUUUCUAUUGCCUGUAAACUAGCUGAUGAUGUUUAUGGAUCUAUGAAAGAAAAUCUACCAUUUGAUACAUAUGCCAAACUGUCCUGUGGUCUUAAAAUAAAGAGUUUGUUUCAUUAUUUAACGAAGAGACCUACAACCCAUACUCUAGCUAAAUUAAACGAAUAUUUUCCUAGAACGGGAUUGAAGAAUACUACAGCUACAAGUAAAGAAUUAAAGAAACUGAAUAAACUAACUUCUAACUUCCGUAAAUUCUUCUUACCAUUAUUAGCCAAUGAGAAUCAAAGAAAAGAUUUUAUAAGGAAUGAGUAUCCCGAGGAAUAUGGAGCAAAGUAUAUAGAAUCGUUAAAAAAAAUAGCAUAUAGAUUUAUAAAUCUCACAGAAAAACAGAUGCCACCGCCAGUUAUACAAAAGAUUUUAGAUAUAGGUGCUUCUAACAUGCCAAGUUCAUCACCACCAGUAUUGGCCUAUGAAAUAUUGCUGGAGUAUUGCAUGGAUAAAACAACAUUAAGUUGCCAAGAUUUAUUGGAUAUAUUAACAUCUAUAUCACCAUUAAAUACACAAGACAAAGUAUUAACAGAGCACAACUUUGAUAUAUCAAGUUCAGCUGAAUAUUAUAAAUUUGAUAAAAAUUCUGAUGGUCCUGGUAUUGUAUCACCUGAAUCUCCUAGUUCUGGUGCCAGAUCAACACAACCACCCACAGCUUCAGAUAUAGAGAAGCUAUCAAAUAAUCUAAAUCAACCAGAAUACACACGAUUACGAAACCAUGAUCAAGUAACAAACCAUUCUAAAGAUGAUAAUAACAUUUCUGUGAUACGUGAUCAUGCUAUCAUCAACAGGAGUCCGGAUUUUAUUACAAGUAUACAAACUGAAUCUCAACAACGUAAAAAUAAAAUAUUUCCAUUGUCAUUAAAACUUACUCAACCAUCUAAAAUAUUCCUGUCUCUACGGAAAAAUGGUAAAAAAAAUCAUAGGAAACUGAAUCGAAAGAUAUACAGAGGUUUAAAACGAAAGAAGAUGGCCUCCAGAAGACAAGUGUAUCCUAGAUCUAAAAAAAUGAGAUGUUCUUCACAACAUAGAAAAUCCAACACAUUAAGAGUAAGGAUAGUGAGAACAAAUGGUAAAAUGGACAAUGGGUGUCACCUUGACAUAUACAGCAGUUCUAGCAGUGAGGAUAAUGACAUAAUAGAUAGAUCAAAUACACAUUCAUCCCAAGUCGGUUUAAAUUUGUCACAUUCAAGUGGUAAUGUAACAAGUUUAGACUUGGAUGGCAUUAGUUCUACAAAAAGUAACAACAUAAAAUCUCUUAUGAACAGACUUGUUAAAACUUAUUGUACCAGUUCAAGCCAGAUUUCACAGGAGUUGAUGGAAAGUGAAGCUAUAGCUGAGGGUUUAUUAACUAAAGAUACAUCUAUAGAUGACAGUGAUAGUAGUUUUGAAUAUUGGACAUCUGACAUGCAAGUUUAUAGCACUGCUAGUACUACUAGUGAAAGAAUUCAUAGACAUACUGAUUAUGAUAGUGUAUCAGAUAUAGAUGAUAUUACGAUUAGCGCAGAUGAAUGUGAAGACAACUCGGAAAUUAUACCAAGUUCAUGUCUUAGUGAGAAUGUAAAUUCUGAUGGAGGCAGCAAUAAUAUAUUAACUGAUUUAUCACACAGUAUAACUUCCCACAGAAAACAAGAAUUUUGUAGAAAAUGUAUUGUAAAAAUCACCAGAAAUAAGGUUUUAGAUGUAGAAAGAUAUGAUGCCAAAUAUAAGAUGUUUUCCUGAUAGAAUUUGAUGGAAAAACAAUUUUAGUAACAAAUAUGUUUUGUAUAAAUCUUAUGAAAUGAUGAUGAUUAAUGUCGUUUUUUAAUUGGUACCUUUUGAAGUCAAAUUCAUUAUUGGGCAAUGAUGACUUGAAAUAAUUUCUGUACACAAAUUACUUGUAGACCGGAGGCUUAGCGCAGGG